AUGACUGAGGUUAUCAGAAAUAUCAAGGUUAACCUGAAACUCGCACAAGAUCGACAUAAAUCUUAUGCAGACAAAAGGAGGCGGGAUUUCCACCUAGAAGUGGGCGAUCGGGUAUUCCUUCGUGUACAGGCGAUUCGAGGACAUGCAAGGUUCGGUAAAACGGAGAAGCUCAAGCCUCGUUAUAUUGGGCCAUAUCCAGUAAUUGGGAAAGUGGGAGCAGUGGCGUAUCGAGUGGAGUUACCGGCAGAACUCGGCAACAUACAUGAUGUAUUCUACGUGUCCAUGUUAUGGAAAUACAUGGCAGAUCCAUCCCAUGGUUUGCGGCCGCAGGAGAUUGAGGUUACCCAUAAUGUUCACUUUCAUGAUGAGCAGCUUCAAAUCGUGGACUACAAGACGAAGCAGUUGCGGAAUAAGGAGAUUUCCUUAGUCAAAGUCCUAUGGUGGAGUCAAGGAGUCUCCGACAUGAUGUGGGAACUGGAGAAGGAGAUGGGCGAUCAUUACCCCCAUCUAUUUUGUACGUAA